UGGCGGGCACUUUAUACUUAAUGGGCAUGGAAACAAACAUGUCAGCGAUUCUGCCACCGACGCUCAAGCAGAGAGGAUGGCAAAAGCCAAGGACCUUCCUGAUCCGGUGGUGGACUUGAGGUGGAUGAGCCGGGCGCUGGCACCCGUGGGCAUGUGGGGUCCCUCGGGUGGCAGCCGGCUGUACUAUGCCUACUCGCUGUGGACCAUCGUGCAGCUGGUGCUGACGGCCGCCGGCCAGGUGGCGGGGCUGCAGGGCCACUGGGACGACCUGCAGACCGUCUUCACCACGCUCUGCUUUGCCUUCACUGUCACCUGCACCAUCAUCAAGGGUACCAUCUUCGUGCUGCAGAGGGAGAGCAUGGACGCGCUGAAGCGUCACAUCGAGCGCAACGCGGCCGAGUUCUGCUCGCACCUGCCGGAGGAGCGCCGCUCGCUGCUGGUACGCGCGCGCAACCUGUCGCGCCUCAUCGUCUGCUCCUUCCAGAGCGUGGGCGGCGUCACGCUCGUCUCCUUCAUCACGGGGCCGAUCGUGCAGAACGGCCGCGACCGGGAGCUGCUGGCCAGCGGGCUGAGCAAUGGGUGA